AUUCAGGACCGGGAACAGCAGACGUUUGAAGGAAGGAAAGAAAUCCCCAUAUAUGGAAGUCCUGAGAAGGGGCGUGAUGUUCCCUCAGGCACACCCAGCUCGUAGGUGGACAAUGAGGACAACUCAGGAUUGCAAACUGGGUCCCCACCCUCUCUCUCCAGGAAGGCGGUCACGCCUGGUCGGCACAAGCUUGGGGUCCAGGUGACACCUUGGAUUGGGUCUCAGUUGUCCACAGGGAAGCAGGCGCCCUCUGGAGCCACGAGCAGAAACUGUUCCCCUUCCUGCAAGCCAGCUGGUGGGAAAGCCUCGAACUGCCCACAUCCUGUGGGUCUGUCUGUUCUGCCAGGUUCUGUGUCUUUGUCCAUCUGCCCAGCCUUGUCCAAUGGGAGGCAGCAUCAUGACCAUCACCUCUACAGCCCUUCUCUGUCUCGGGCUGUGUCUGGGCCACAGGACUCAAAUGCAUGCAGAGACUCUGCUCAAACCCAUCAUCUGGGCGGAGCCCAGCUCUGUCGUCACUCACGGGAGGCCCGUGAGCAUCUGGUGUCAGGGAUCUCAGAAAGCCAGGCAGUACUACCUGUACCAAGAGGGGGUCAGGGAGCCCUCGAGAAGUGAGUUUCCACUGGGACCCGGUGACAAGGUCAAGUUCUCCAUCUUGCACAUGACCGACCACCUUGCUGGGAGCUACCACUGCUCGUAUCGCAGCAGAAAAAGCUGGUCGGUUCCCAGCGAGACUCUGGACUUGGUGGUCACAGGAAUGUUCAACAGACCCACCCUCUCAGCCCUGCCGAGCCCUGUGGUGACCUCAGGAGACAGCGUGACCCUCCAGUGUGGCUCACAGCAGGGAUUUGACAGGUUCAUUCUGUGUGACGAAAGAGGAGAACACAACCCUGGACGCCUGAACUCACAGCGCCAAGCUGACGGGUGGUCCCAGGUCCUCUCCACUGUGGGCCCUGUGAGCCCAGGUCACAGGUGGGCGUACAGGUGCUACGGUUAUUUCUCGACUUCUCCCUAUGUGUGGUCUUCCUCCAGCGACAUCCUGGAACUCCUGAUCUCAGGUGAGAAAUUCACAGCAUUGCCCCUGAACACCCUGGGUCUCCAGACAGAUAGAGAGGAGCCUUGUCUCAGGUGGAUCAUCAGGUAGGAUGAAGUUGGGAUGAGAGAAGUCAGGACUCUGGGAGCCAGAGACACAGAAGCGUCAGAAGUCCGGAGGCCCAGGGGAGAGGGACAUGUGUCGGGGAGCCUGACCCUCUUGGAAAUCAUGAACACCUUUUCUCCCAGGUGUGUCUAGGAAACCGUUCCUCUCAGGUCUGCCAGGUCCUGUGGUGGGCCCUGGAGAGAAAUUGACCCUCCAGUGUUGCUCUGAUGUCGGCUAUGACAGAUUCGCUCUCUUCAAGGAGUGGGGACAUGACCUCCCCCAGGCCCGUGGCCAGUGG